AACUGUCACUAAUGUCAGAUUUUUCGCAAGAAACGUAUCGUAUGCGUGUUGUGAAUAUUAUUUUGCAAGAAAGUCUUUUAUUAUUUUUGAUUAAAAUUGUUAUAACUAGUUUGUGGGAUAAAGCUAUUGCGAAAUUUUAGUCUUUAGUGUUUACUCUUGUUAUAAAGUGCCGUUGCACGUGUAAUUUUCGUACUGAACGCUGGACGGCAACCUACUUUGUUCCUGUUGACCUGUGUCGCACUGUGAUUGUUUCAAAAGGUCACUUCAACGCCAUCUCAGCCUUAGUCUGUAUUCAUCACUGCCAACUAUUCCGCCCUACAGCGCGCUUAAUGCCGCCAUGCUAGACAAGAUUUACUGUAAUUAUAAUAUAGAAGCUCAAGGCUAUAGAAAGUUCGAGAGGUGCUGGCGCACGUGACGUCGUCGGGAGCGCAAGGAGGGCGACAUGAGCCAGUCGCAGGAUGAGGCCCGCGCGGCCAGGAUACAGAAGUAUAAGGAGGAGAGGAGAAAGCAGCUCACUGCUCGGACAGCAACGUUAUUCUCUGCUAACGUCACUGAGAGACGCCCGAAGAAAUCCUCUGAACGAACACCUCCGGACGACAUAGCCGCUCAUCUUAAGUCUUCCUCGGAGCUAAAUCUUAACACAGCUUCAACUUCAGUGCCUAUUAGAACUACUCGUACGUCACGUUUAAGAGCUGCCGCCGCAAGUCAAUCUGAUACCUCGCCAUCCCCUAGAAAGUCUCAUCGGAGCUCAUCGGUACAAUCACUACUCGAAGACGCCAAAACUAAGUCACCGAAAAAUUCCAAGUUAUUAGAUAGAGAUAAAGUAAGAGCGAAUAGAAGACAGAGCAAUGAAAAGGAAAACUUGAAGAGUGCGUCAGCGAUGAGAUUUGACAAAGAAAUUGGUGCUAUUAAGACGAAAUCUAAACAUUCCAUUAAUAAAAAUAUUUUAGAAAAAGACAAAAAUAAUUUUAUAAUGACUAGUCCUAAAGAGAAGAAUGUUGACGAAAAGCGCAGUUCUAAAUUAGAUGAAAGUAGAAACAGGAAUUCCAUAAUCGAAGAAAAGAAAACGAAUAGUGAGAAAAACGAAAAUAAACCCGAAAAACCCUUACGAGUGAAAAGCGAAGAAUUUUUUAACGAUAUUGUAAACGAAAAAGACAUGUCUAAUAGUAUAGAUAAAUUCGACGAUUUAUUUAAUAAUCUUGUUGUUGAUGAUGGUGAGAUCGUUAAUGGAAUCGAAAUUAAGAUAGAUGAUGUUACUACGAAUGAAAAUGGGCUCAAAUAUAGUCACAAUAGAUGUAUUCCUGCCGCUGAUAAAGCAAUAGAUGUUAAUGGUUACGUAGAAGAUAGUGUAGAAACAAAUGUGAGAGAAGAUGUUGGGGGUUUACUAGGAGCAGUGUGUGUGCGAAAAGUGGAAAGGUUUAGUGAGUUGCUGAGCAAUUUGUGUUCGCCGUGCGAAGCUGAUAUAUUGUUCGAGGAUAUCUUGGUGGAGAAUGGAAUUGAUGGCGAUACUGGACUGCGUACAAAUGGGCCGGAGUGUACUCCGCCGUGCAGGCGCGCGCAGCCAUCGCCGCGUACCACCAGCACGCCGAAACGUACUCCUGCGCAACCGGCCGUCACACACGAUGCUACCGGUAAGUUAAUUCUGUAUACCUGGAUAUAAUUGCGCUUUUAACGUGUCGAAAUAGUUGUGACGGAAAACCAAAACUAGUCGAUAAAUAAAAUUCAAAAAGGAAGUCAAUUUAAACUAAAAAUAACAUUUUUUUAGACCCGUCACUCACUUUUCACCGUUUCCUAGGUCUCUGCUCUAAGAUUAUGCUCUAGAUGAUCUAUGAUCUUAACACGAAAACAAAAACACCUGCAUUUCUUCGAAGUGAUUUGAAAUACGAGACGACUAUGCUAGUAGUAGUGUGAUGAUAACACCUACCCGAAAAAACUUGUAACCAGAUCAGCUAUAAAACCGAUAUAUCCGUACAAUAAACCAUAACAUUAAGUUCGUAUUUCCUGCCAUAAAAAAACACGAUGCAAUAGUGUGUUUCAUUAAUGUUUUGUAGGAAUCAGCUUUCGCAAACAGUUACACAUGAAAGAGAAAGACGGAUAUUAAUGUUAUCUGCACGUUAUGUAAUAAUCCAAGACCAAUUGAUUGGGAACCAUCUCAUGAUCAUUAUCUACAUACACCAUCUUAAUUUGACAAUAACCCUUAAAAGCUAAACUGACCCGAGAUUCGUAACAUAACAGAAGAAACUACAGUUGAAACAAUUAAUGACUUUCAAGUUUAGAAACUCGUCUGAAUGAAACAAAACAAAAAAGCAAUUUACAUGAACGUAUAUCCGUUGUAAAACACGUUGGUAUUAACUGCCGACGCAUUAACCGAAGAUCUAAAAUUGAACUGGAAAGAGUACAGGCCAAUUUAAAGACUUAAAUUUGAAAAUGAUAGUUUAUAAGAUACAAAAUUCUUUGAUGAAAUAUCGAAAGAGAAGAAAUAUAAAAUAGGAUGCGUUCUUCCCUUUUCGCGCAAGUGUACUUGAGCGAAACUGAAUAAAAAAUUUGACUACUUCGCGGCGGAACCAACAUUCAAAAAGUUAGAGAAUUCUCUAAUGUUAGACCAGAUUGAAAUCUGCUUUACGCUUUCUAGUGUGUUAGAGAUCCCUGGCAAUACAAAAUGUACGUUCUCAUUGUCACCAUUUGUUUCGUUGUUAAUUUUGUUCGUUUCGACAAAAUGGUAGUCUUGACGCGCCGUAUUGCGAAGGAUUUACUAAAUUAUCGCCCAGUUUAAAAUUCCUUCGUGACAAGUCGGCGACGUUGUGGUUUGGCUGUGAAUGUUCACGGCUUUUACAUCCCACCAAAGAUUCCUUUGUUUAAUACUGUAAUUAGAGAAUAUUACCUUCUUAUUUUUUCUUUAUUUGUGCUACCGUAGAUACUGUAGCUUUAAAUUUCACAAUAUUGCAGACUGUUGUGUUCGUUUGCAAUAACCGUUGGAUUUGAUGCGUACAAAAUGCAGUUUCGCAGGUUGUUAUUCUGGAUAUAUUACCUCUCUAUCCGAUAAUAUCCUUCGAUAGUGUUCUCAAUGGGAUUUGAAUUACUUGAUAACUCUGUAUCCAAUAUUUUCAUGCUUCUAUUGAAUUCAAGUCCAAUAGAAUAUUAUUUUCUAUUCCUGGCUGUUCAGUACGUCACCAAUAGAAAUAGAGUAUAAAGAAUUGAAACUUGUUUAUAAAUGGGAUCCAUAUUUAGUCAAAAUACCGUAUCAUUAUUACUAUUUACGUAAGCCAAAUGGGCACUCGUUUAUCUUUCACCAUGUACAUGACAUCACAAUAACAAUGCGUUUCAACCUGUCAAAGAUACGCCCUCAAUCUAUUUCUGCGUACUACCGUCCGGCCCUGACCGCAGUCACGUUGUCUCGCCGAACACCCGGUCGACACGUAGGGUUGAAAGUUUCCGAUGUUCCGAAUGUGUGCUCGACUGCCUGACAGUGCCUGAUAUGGUCGGGAUCCCACGCGCAUUCCGUUUUGGCCGGCCCUAAGUGAAUAGACCCAAUUUGCAAAUUACAUUACAUGGUUGCCCCCUGAAUUUUGAGUGGGCUGAUAAAAUGGUGGACUGAAAGUUUCGAGUAUUUAAUGAUCACUUGAAAGUAUGCUGGGUGUACCAGGUUGACUAUCUUUAGAUUACUUAGCUAUGGUUGGAUAUAUGUAUAUUGUUUACAUACCACGUUGCUUUUUCAAUUUUGUCACCUAGGUUCAUAUUAGCUUGGUACGUGUUUGUAUUUGUAAUUUCGAGACAUGCCAUUUACAGCAGCCCUAUUGUUAUCGUGAUUAUUGGCAAUCGUUACCUUAGCCUUGUACCCUUUGCUUUCGAACCUUAAUGAGUCGUAAUCUUAUUCGAAAUACGAUGCUCUCAAAUAAGUUCGUUAACGUUCUUUGAUAAUUGAAAGUAUUCGUUUUCACUUCCAACAUUCUUCCAUUGAGGAAUUAGAUGUUCGGUAAUGGAUUCUUAGUAUCGCGUGCGUGAUUACCUAUAUGUAAUUGCUGAAAAACAAACAAUCGUAUAACUACAAUGAAUUCCGUUUAGAUUGAAUGAAAUACCGUGUCAUGCUCUCUUUACGUGCUCAUUAUAAUUACAAUCUAGGAUUAUCUUCAACGUUUUGUUCGUUCCUUUUUAAGACGUAAAAAUCAUUUUAUUUCCAUUAAACUUAUACAUGAUCACGAAACUGUAACGGUGAUCUUUCGCAAUACCAAUAGUUCUCGGAAAGUUUAGCGUAUCGUGUCAUUGAAUGAAUCGAAACAGAUUAAUUGGAUAGAAAAUUAAACUGCGUGUCUGACAAUUUCGCUUCGUUUAACGUAUCAAUUAGAGCCAUCGAUUGCCGACGCGAGGUGAGGUUUUUACCCUGAAGUGAAAGGGAAACUCGUGUUAAAUAAUACAACUAUUCGUUGUAUAUUUUCAUCUAGUUCAUCGCAGAAUUAACCUGUCUCCUCUUCACAAAUUCCACGUCCAUGCGUAUAUUUUAUCUAUCUAAGGUCUUUCGUGUUGUCAAUUUAUUAUUCAAAUGAGUUCAAUUUAUAGGCCGCAGGUAGCGUUAGCAAGUUGACGUGUUCACUGCUAGAAGCUGUAGUCGUACAUGUGAGCCCACUUCGCCAUGAAUUAUUGAGGGCUGGUGAAACGGGAAUAUUACGAAUUUGAUCUCUAUCCCUUCAUAUAUAGCGAGCAAUGUUGUUUGGAUCCGUUUAGUGUUAGAAGCAAGUAAUGCAUUAGUUUGCAACAGGAACAUAAGCGCGGUAAGACGUCACUCGACGUUUCGCUUGAGUAAGUAAUGUUUCAUUAAGGAAGCAUUGUGCGCCGCCACAAGUGCUAAUAAUUUAGUGUGAUACACCUCGAUUUACAUCGCCGUGGUUAGGUGUAAUCACCUUAACGGUGUUCGGAUUUCUGAUGUCUUAAAUAGGAUUAUGAUGUUGAUCUUUCGAUAAUUGGAGCCAUGUAUUGUUAACAUUAACUCCUAGAGGAAUCUGUCUUAUGCUAAGUCCACGCUUCCACUCAUGUUUAUAUGUCUAAACAUGACGGUAUUUCCAUUUAGCCUUCAUAAUCAAAGUACUAAAAUAUAGUAUUUUUCUUGCCUCUUUAGCAUUUCUUCCAUCAUAUCUGACAUUAAAUUAUAUUUUUAUAUUCGGCCUUCUUAAUUCAACUUACCCCUUUCCUAAAGAAAAUUAGAUGGAAGCUAUCAAACCUCUAACAGAACGCUUACGCAGCCUCUUUGCUAAUUAAAAUAAUGGAAAUGUUAUUGCAUUUUACAUUAGCCUCAGAUCAAAUGUAACUGAAUAUUGCUGAGCAAUCUUCAUAACGGGGAGAAUAAAAACCGAAAGGCUUUUACCAUAAAAUGGCGGUUAGGUGUCCUUUUAUGACUGUUAUUUAAUAGCUGACAUGGUGGAUCUAUCUCACUUUUAUAAACAUUACUUUCCUUUAUAAAAGGGAAGGCAACGUUCGUAAUCUUAUCUUCGAAGGAAACUUAAAGAAAAAUUUGGAGAAAAUAAAAAGUGCUGAAGAAAUAAGUAUUAUUAACUUUCUUGUCAUCUUCAAAUAAGUGUCGAAUCAAAGGAGAGCUUUGUGUCCUAGUGGCUUUAUUCAAACAGAUAUUAUAUUCUUUGCUGUCCCUUUUGAAGCCGGAUAAUACAAUGAAAACUCUUUGGUGAAAAAAGAGAGACUUGUAUUUCAAAUAUAUAUUUUUUUGUAACCUAUAUUUCUGUUUUUGUCAUUUGCAUAACUUCUAAAAUAAGUACGAAAAGAUCUAAUUUAGUUAUAUUUCUUACCCCUCGUAUUUAAUUGGCUGGGGAUCUAUGUGAUGAGACGAAUCUUCUGUAAUAAUUAUACACCGAUACAAAUAAAUAAAAUGUAAGUUAAUAAGCCCCCAAGCUCCUGGCUUCUAUACUGAAAUAAUAUUUUGACGUUUCUAUUCAAAGCGGAAAAUAAUUGUAUUUUACGGAGAUUUUUCUCAAUGCCAGAAAACACUUAUUUUGUUUUCUUAAGCUUUACCGAACUAAGUCGUAUUCCUAAUCAUUACGUCUCGAUUGAAUUAUUAAAAAGGUAUCAGUCUACCGCUUAAGAUCUCCGAGACCUGCUUAAAUAAUUAAUUAUUAUCUGAUAUUAUUUAAGCAGGUCCUCCUUCCAGAAACACUAGGUAAUAGUAAUAAUUACUUGUUACAAUGAAAAUGCGUAUGACAUCGCAGCUUUUAGAAUUGUUCUGAAAACUUGUUUCUGAUUCGAAAAUUACCAUCUUGUGUAGUUAGACUAAUUGCUGGGAUUAAGAGUGAUAGAAGGCUAUCAUUAAAUUGCCACGCCUAUUAAAACAUAAUUUAUUGAGAUUUGUUUCGGCAGGUCAGGUUUUUAAAGUACAAGUAAAAAUUUCCAGUAAUUUUAUCAUCUAAUAUCAAUUAUUGUUAAAUAAUUAUCGAUACUAUGAUUUAGCCUUGUUACUCUACACUUAAAUAUAGACAUUGGAAGUACACACAAAAUGUUUUACGUUAUUAUCUACUAUCGCGCAGUAACUUUCAUUCCGAAAUACGUCACAUUUUCCGCUACCGCGAACUCGCUUAAGAUAACACGUGGCCAGUAGAAUUUAAAACCGGGUGUUUCCAUCCUGCGGGUCGACUGUGAAUGAAAACGGGACAAGGUCACAACCCUCGCUUAACAUUGAGGUUAUCUAAGCACGUGAGCUUUAUUGGAACUCAGCACCUGUGGUGUUUUCAUAGGAGUUGGGACGGCAUUGUUUUGGCUUUCAGGGAAACCAGAAAAAGUACCUUCGAAGUAUAGGUACAGUAGGUGUUGGAAAAAUUAAGUGUUAAAACGACGGAUGCCAUGAUUUAUUAAGUAUUUUUAUCACGGUUAAUGCAACUCGCUUUAGUUGGUCUCGUAAAACUUAUAUUUGAAGAAAUUCAGUGAUCUUUAUUCUGAAAUUCUGUCUUUUAUUAUUAAAUGUAACACCGAAUCCUUGUGAAUAGAUAACAGCGCUUAACUAAUGCACAAACAAACCGCAUUCGUUGCAAUUGCUGUCUGCUAACAUACGAUCGGUAAAACUUCUCGUACACGAGGUAACACAUGUCUUCAAUAUCAUUCAACGUCCAGUACUUUUUUACGCAAACUGUUCUAAGUAUUAUUUGUACAAACGUUCUAAUACAUAUAUUAUUGAAUUGACUGUAACAUAGUACAUUCAAACUUUUUGAUUAGGGUUCUUUUUUGCAUAAACGUCUUUAAUAAAAAAGAGGUUUACUGCUAACUGGAAAUUCUGAAUACCUAUAUCUCCGCUGCAUUAUAAAACUAGUUUACAAUGUUUCUCAUUAAUAUUUUUAUAGCUAAUAAUAAAAAGUAAAUGAGUUUCAACAAUAAACCAGGAUCAUAAUUGCGAGGUCAGUAGUAUAAAGCUAGAGAAAUGGGACAAGGACACAUCCCGAACCCAAACCUGAACAAUGUUAGAGCGUGGAUUAUAAGGAUUCAUAUUAAUUGUAUUUGUAUGGAAUAUGCCUCGUGUUUGUCAAUCAAUCAUUGGAUGAACAAUCAGAAGGAUAUGGGCUUAGAAUUUGUAAUCUAUGGUAGUGAAUGAAUAAUUAUUUUAUAUUUAUUGAGGCUAAAUAUUACUCCCAACGUUUUUUUAGUAAAUAAGUAUUUUCAGCAAAUCUUCAAAACGGGUAUAUCAAUUUCGAUAAGGUUUGCAGAUGGAGUAUAGCUCACAAUCUUUUCAAUUUCGGACAAAAAACGAUUUUGAUCGAAUAAUGUCUCACGAUAACUUCAAAAAUCAGAGUGAAAUCAUAGGACCCUACAAGCUACCUACGUGUACGUGUAUUAAUGAUGUCUACCUUAUCGAUUGCAACUUAUUAGUAAAUGAAUGGUCGAACUAGUCUUAUGCAGCAAGUUUCUUAGAACUUUCUAAGUUGUAAUUUAAGUUCGAUCAAUAUUAUAGAAGAUUUUAUCACAGUUGUAAUCGAAAAUUGCAUAAGCCUGACAGUAAUUUAAGGACUUUAUUGGAUUGUUAUUUUCAGUAUUUGUAUAUUAAACCUUAUAGAUGGGCUCAUCUUAAAGGCGGUUUACUUAUCAUACUGAAGAGGCGUCGAAAUAAAUGUUCUUUGUCAACCAAUAAAAUCCUUGCAUCUAGAGAAUUUAGUCACUGUUUUAAAUGUCGUUUUCAAAAAUAAGUCCCAUGUAUUCUAACAAGCCACGGCAGUAUGAGCAAAAAUAAAGUCACAUAACACAAAAUCUGCAAAAUACAUCGCGCCUUCAUGGGAGUGCUUCAGGUACCUCGUAAGUCUUCUCCUUCACUAGAAGACCUCUCGUCUGUUCUUUGCUGGACACCCUGUAUCUCGUACAGGAGCAUACAUAGCACUCAUUUAACAAAUGUCCUUGUGCCUAUCGUGGCAUGACUCAAUAAUCACUUUACUUUUUUUCCCAUUAUAUACAUCUAUUGGAAACAUUGAAAGCGCUGAAACAAUGUUGUUUCCACGUCACUGCUCACUUUAUUAAAUGCACGUCAACGUUAGUUAAGCGAUCUGGGCCAAGGUCAGGACCUCACCUGUCCAAUCUACUCCUGCGAAGUCCACUAUGGUUGAGAGGAGAAUGCUUAUAUCGCAAGAAUAAUGUUUCUUUAACAAAUGUUCCAUUCAUAUUGUUUUAAAACUCCUGGGGGUGCAUUUUCUUGAAAAAGCAGUUCCGUACUAACUUUGAGCUCUGUUCUGAAGUAGAAGUAUUUUUCCUCGCAGACGCUCAAUUGGAUUACUCUCCCUGGAUUCAACUCAUUAAAAUUAGUUUUCUGGGAUCCAUGUUUUCCGGGAUGCAAGCAGCGUGUUACUAAGUACCGUAUAAACGCUGCCGAUUUUUUUUUCUUUUUUUUUAAUUUCUCAAUAAUCUCUUUGACAGCGAUAUCUAUUCGCAAUUUACAUAAUUACCCUGUCGAAUUCGUAUGUCAGCUAGAUUUCUAAUAUCACAGAUUGGGAACAGAUGCAUUUUUAAGGCUUCGAAUGCAGAGCGAAACUGCUCUUUAGAUAUUUGCUUUUAUUACUGACAUACGGUGUUUUAUGACUCCUCGUAAACAUAGCCAUCUCACUGUAGCUUUAUUCUUUAUUCAUAUAUGUACCUAUAUUCCUAGUUCUAUGUAACUUAGUCACAACAAUUUCAGUAAUUGUCUUCUAAGAAUUCGUUCGUUGGAAUCAGGGCUAACCAAACUCCCUAUCUAUGACCUGCGUAUGCGAGUCACGCACUAUCCGAAUUUGCUUAAACCGCCAUCAACAUACCACACGUUACCAUAUAAUGUGGUAUGUUGGUGUUGUCAGCAUUCCUAUCUCAAGCCGUUGUAAUUACGAAGAUAUCGUCACUUGUGGGUGGACAUAGUAUCCUCAAGGAAUGGCUGUAUAUCAGCACCUACGCGAAGACAUUCACGAUACUGAUCAAUUUCUCUCGCAUUAUUGCUCUCUUAGGAAUUCGAUAAUUUAUUUGAAGCUUGCUGAGGCUUGCGGUUGUAUCGAAUUUUUCGCGCUAACUUUGUUGCUACUUUUUGCUUAACCCAAAUUUGAAGGUGUCAUUUGAUAAUUUCUCAUCCGGAAGAAAAGGUCUUCUAAUAUUAGCGCGUUCAAACAAACGAACAAACAAACUCUUCAGUUUUACACUGUAUGUUACUUUCAGGCAUGAUGUAUAUAAUAUCCUACGAUCGAAUGAUUCUUGACGGUUUUUUAAAACUUGUAGUAAAUAUAAAAUUGUUCAAAGCGUAGAGUAUCCAUAAAAGUCCUCUAGACAAAUAAGAUUCGACAUCUUGAAGAGAAAUUCAAUAAGUAACUGAAUAAUGUACAUCUGAUAUAAGUAAUUAACUUUACAAACUGGAUUACUUAUCGAAGAAAAACUCUAAUUUAAUAAUGAAAGACCGGAGUCACAGGUAAGGUUUAUAAAAAAGGUUAGUCUACAGACCUAUAAACCUAUUGAAUUUUAUGUUAGCUCACUUUCUAAGAAUUCAAAGCUUAGUGGGCGGGUUUGUUACAAAUUUAAAACUUUCAAACACGAGGCAACUCAAGUCUCCGAUUUAAGACAUUUAUUUUCUUUUCAAAAAACGAUUUUUGCAUUCAGGAUUUUAAUCCUUGUGUCGCAAUGGAUUUAACCAAUGUUUGAAUCUCAUGCACAAUAACCACACACUCACAGAAAUCGGAAUAUAGCAAAAGUAUAUUCGUCCUACUCAAGUGGCUUAAGAAAAAUAACUAUUACAAUAGUCACAAUUUAGUAUCGAGUCUGUAUACCCACAUCACUUGCAUUAAAUAUUAAACACAAUAUACAAAUUAAUUAAUUCACACCUUUCAUUGGUUUUCACUCCCAAAAGUUUAAAGCACGUGAUUGUGACGACUUAAGUCGUCGGGCAAAUUGUAUUUGUGUCUCAUCGUGUAUGAGUUACCUUUAUUGCUCACUUAUAAGUUUUUUUGCAAAAUAUGUAAUGUACCUAUUAGUUCAAGUAGCGUGUUACACUCGGUGUUUAGCACGUAAAUAUUUACACGUUACCAAUGUAAUGAAUCGUUCAUUAAAAUUAAUGUUUGACAGUAAUCGCUUUACACAUUGAUUUUACGAUUUGUGUUGUAUUUGUAAUAUUUAAUUGUCGAAUCUAGAUUUGUGAUAUAUUAGUUUGCAAUGGGAUUUGUUAGAGGAGGAUUGUUAGGGGUCGGUAUCGAUAGUAAUAAAUUUACGUUAUUUUAUCGUGGUAUAGUUAGCCUUAUUGAAACAUAUUGGUAGGUAUCCGUACAUAUGUGAUUUAUGUAAUUAAAAGCCGUCACUAUUCAAAUGCUAUAAAUGAAUAUGAGUAUUGAAAUGUCUUGAAAGAAAAACGACUUCUAAUAUUUUAGUUUCAAAUCAUAAAUUCUUUCAAUUCCAAUCCAGUAUGAAAUCUCACACAAGUAAUAAAGUUUUCUCCUGAAUAUUAAAAACCUUAUCACGGUUUAUUGUUGUGCACUUGACAUCAAAACACAAUAACAUAAACUUUCGCGCUCCAAUGUAACUUAAGUACAGCACCUUUUAUGCCUUUGUGUUCAGUCUAUGUAGUUUUACGGCUAAACGCCGAAGCUCUUGAGCCUUACCUAUUAGGCUGUUUUCACAUCAGUCCGGGAGACCUGCAAAGGUCGACCGUACUGGCUCUCGAAAAAGAUUCACAAGUGGAGGCGUAAGAAAUUUUUUAAUGAUACAAGAGUUAAGUCACGCAGCUAUGCGGUCAAUGGUCAAUACGUAAACUGGAACUGUUUCCACCGUCGCAUCAGCUCAGGAACAAAGACUCCGGUUGAGUCCGAAAUUAGUCGACGUCGAUAAAUUCGCGCCUGUUAAGCGUUAUUUCAAUGAAGUAAGAAUCAUUCUCGCGUAAGUUAGUUAAAAAGAGAUAGAACAUUGAUUCACAAAGUUUCACCAUGCGGAUUGGUCCAUACACAACUCCGUACGACUGGAGUCCAUACACUGUUACCCUUAGUUAUAUAAAGCGUAUCAUCUCAAACGAUGAACGUUGACGAGCACGGUUUGCCCGUAGGGUCAGCCCGAACACUGUGAAGCCAGCCUAACACAAAACUAUCUAAGAUAGGUACUGAGUUUAUCUUAGCAACAACUUUCCUUGGAUAAUAGAAUAUUAAUGUGCCAGAUGCCUUGAAAACUUCAGAUGAAGUAUAAAGUUGCUUGUUUAGUCCUUGUGGCGUUGAAUCGAUUUUGUUCCCAGUAAAGAGACAUUGUGUUUUGGGACAUAUCGAACUUUUAGU